AUGCAGUAUUCCACACGGCUGUACCCGCUCGCUCACAUCCCCAGCAGCACGGAAGGGGUCCCGCGUCCCUCCCCAACUGGCGCGAAGCCCCCGAANCGUGACCCCGAUAGACCCUUCGGCCAACCUCGAGUGCCCCGCUGGGUCACUGCCCUGGAGCGGCAGGUGUUCGACUUCCUGGGCUAUCAGUGGGCACCCAUCCUGGCCACCUUUGUCCACAUUGUCGUGGUCAUCCUGGGGCUCUUUGGCACCGUCCAGUACCGGCCUCGCUACAUCGUGGUGUACGCUGUGUGGGCGGCCGUCUGGGUCACCUGGAAUGUCUUCAUUAUCUGCUUCUACCUGGACGUGGGGGGACUCGCGAAGGACAGCGAGCUCCUGACCUUCAACCUCUCCCGGCACCGCUCCUGGUGGCGUGAGCAUGGCCCGGGCUGCCUGCAUGAGGAGGCAGAGGCUGGCCUUCAGCCCCCUGAUGGCCAGGCCUUGCUGCCAGGUGUUGGCUGUGCCCUGGAGCAUGGCUACGCUGAGGCCCUGCACAGCGCCUUGCAGAUCCUGGUGGCGCUCGUGGGCUUCGUCUACGCCUGCUACGUGGUCCGCGUUUUCACCGAAGAGGAGGACAGCUUUGAUUUCAUUGGUGGAUUUGACCCAUUUCCUCUCUACCAUGUCAAUGAAAAGCCUUCCAACCUCUUGUUCAAGCAGGUGUACUUAAGCUGCAUCCAGGACCCUGUGCACCCCAUCUCCCCCUGCUCAGGGUGAGGGUGCCUGGGCUGCUGGCCACCUCCUCUCAAGCAGCCUUUGCCAGGUCCCACACAGUCCUGAAAUGCGGGGUCCAAGAGCUGGCUGGGGGUCUUGCUCCCCGUAGAGCUGUACUUCCUCCGUCCCACCCAAGCCCUCGGACACAGUCCUGCUCUUCCUGUAGCCAUCCCCUGGGCACUGCGGCCCUCUUGGUAGCCGCACCCUUUCUACCGCUAAGUGAAGGCCCAUCUCAGCCAAGGCCGACGGGGGGUAGGUAGCAAGCGUCCCAUCCCAGUAACAGGAGAGCCCUCCCUCGGGCCCCGGAGCCAGGGCAGAGUAUGAGAGCAGGCCACCCCGGGCACACGAGGCUCGGAAGGAGUUCACCAGGCUGGGCGGGCCUCUGGAUCUCCCUACAGCCGUUGGAGCCUGGGUGGCCAGGACCUGGGCGGGGGGGGGGCACUCACACACCCCAGGUCCGUGGCCCAGAGGUGUCUGCUGACACAGGGCGGGGCCAGGCCGAGAAGCGCCGCCCCCUUUCAAAGGCCAGGAAGCCCUCGUCUGCUGGGGUGUUGUCCCUUUUGCAUGUGGGGCUCUCCGAGGCAAGAGGGCACGGUGGCCCCUGCUGACUGCUGGCUGCCCCAGCCUUCC